ACACUUCAUAUAUUAAACUAAAUACAUCCAUGGUCGUUACGCGUACCGGCUCACACAACCCCUCACACGCAAUGGGUCUCCGCUCGGUGCUGAGGAAGUCGGCUACUUCGGAGGGUAUGGCGAGGAAGCUCGAUGGGUUGGGGUAUUAUGUGCCUACAGGGCAUGAGAGAAUUAACAAUGUGAAGGAGGGAAUGGAAAAGUACGAAGGCGAGGAUGAGGAAGAGUUGGAGAAAGAGGAGAAUGAUGUUGAUGAUGAGACGUUGCGUAAUACCCACGCGAAUGAGCAUAUAAUGCCGAAACGACUCCUCAGACGACGAGCUUCGUCGAAGAUGGCUUCUUCGCCUUCGUGCUCGGGAAAUACGUGCAGUCCACACAAGCACGUCAUGUUCGUCGUAUGAAGGCAUACGAGAAAGAAGAGCUCUUCACGAAAACCGAGGACAUAAGGCUGUGGUGGUUAGACGGCUUCCCGCACUAAUACUCCAUGGCAAAGCUUUUUCCUAGGCAGCAAGGAUACCCAAUAUCCGUUUCUCCUCGUGCAAUUUCAUUCCCCUUUACCCGAGGCUCAAUACCAUUCGUAUACAAGCCUCUUCCCUACACGUAAAUUACCUCAUAAAAUAAACUUACCCUACUCCAUCGUAUAUUCUCAUAUAGUCAUCCAUUUCACACACACAUAAGUAGUGUUUUGUAUACCGUAUACCUUUCCUGUAGCCCUGAUAUACUCCACGUUUGCC